UAAACAGGGUCCGAAAUGGACCAACAACUAAUUUGGGCCAAUUAUUCUCACUUAGAAACACCAGAACACAGGAAUCACAUCAAUCAUCAAAGUAUCAAACAAAUGGCAGCUUCAGCAAUGGAGGGGGUUGCAGCGACGGCUCUCCGGUCAGUAAUCCAACGUGUGAAACAAGCAGCCGAAAGAUCAUCUCGUUCCGCUGACCGAAUCAAAGUCGUCGCUGUCAGUAAAACAAAACCCGUGUCACUUCUGCGUGAAGUCUAUGACGCUGGCCACCGUUGUUUCGGUGAAAAUUAUGUUCAAGAAAUCAUUGAAAAAUCACCCCAGCUUCCGGAAGAUAUCGAGUGGCAUUUUAUUGGGAAUUUACAGAGUAACAAAGUGAAACCUCUAUUGACUGGAGUGCCGAAUCUUGCUAUGGUGGAGACAGUAGAUGAUGCGAAGAUUGCAAAUAAUCUUGAUCGAGUUAUCGGGAAUAUUGGCAGGAAACCUUUGAAGGUGUUGGUCCAGGUGAACACAAGUGGAGAAACAUCAAAAUUUGGAGUUGACCCGGAUGGAUGCUUGGAGCUUGUGAAACAUGUUACUUCAAACUGUCCCAACCUUGAAUUUUGUGGCUUAAUGACCAUUGGGAUGCCAGAUUAUACGUCAACUCCUGAGAAUUUCAAGACAUUAGCAAAUUGCAGAACUGAGGUAUGCAAGUUCCUUGGUAUAUCUGAGGAGCAAUGUGAACUGUCAAUGGGCAUGUCUGGUGACUUUGAGCUAGCUAUUGAAAUGGGCAGUACGAACGUGAGAAUUGGAUCCACCAUUUUUGGAGCUAGGGAAUACCCGAAAAAGCAAUGAACAAAAUAAUUUCGACGUAUAAAUGAUCAUGAAUUCAACCUCCACAAAUCUGAGCAAGCAUAAAUUGCGUAAUUCUAAUCUUUGCCACCAAGUUGUGCAGGGCAUUAAAGAAAACAAUAUUCAGUAAAUAAUGCAGUUUAUGGCAUUUUAAAACCAGAAAUCGCCAGAAAUGUAUGAAGUAGUCUCUUUUGCCCAUGCAAAAUGUUACCACCAUUGUAAUAUAUGAUCACCUAAAGGGCUAAAGUUAUUUGAUGAGGAUAACUUUUCCAAUGAUUAUACUUGGAAACCUAAUAAUUCAUGGAGAUCUUAUGGAUGGAGCAGAGAAUUUACCUGUAGAAGUUCGUGUCAAGCCUGCCAUGUAUACGAACUCCAUUAGGCAUAAACUCACAUUUCCAUGCAUACGAAUUCCAUUAGGCAUAAACUCCCAUUUCA